GCUUAGUAGCAUCAGAAAUACGACUCUUAUGUGAUCUUGAGCAGCCAGAACCCACAUGGACUGUAAGACAUGUUGGUGGUCCGAUGAGAGGUGCUGGUGCUGAACAAAUCUCAGUCUUGGUGAGACCAAUGCUUGAAAGCAAAGUAAACAAGAAUGCAUUACGCUUGUUUAAUGGACUCGGCUACAAGCUAGACCAUGAGCAGCUGAGAGUCGGCUUUGCAUUUCAUUUUCAAAGAGGUGCCCAAAUUACUGUAACAAUUUCAUCCAUCAACAAAAUGUUGAAACUUCAUGCUACCGAUGAGGCAUUGCCUGUGACUCCGGGCAUACAGCUAGUUGAAGUGACAGCACCAGCUUCAUCUGAAAAUUAUACUGAAGUUGUUGCAUCUGUAUCAUCCUUCUGUGAAUAUCUUGCACCGCUCCUCCAUUUGUCAAAACCUGGUGUCUCAACAGGAGUUGUUCCUACUGCUGCUGCAGCGGCUGCAUCUCUCAUGUCGGAUGGUGGAGGCACAAAGUGACGAAACUGAGUAUUAGUCAGGAGCCAAUUUUCUUUUCUUACAUUUUCGUUGCAGUUAUCAUUGCUGAAGGAGAGAUUUAUUUGGUCGUGCACCUUCUCAGAAAACUUGGACGUUUGCCCUUCUGUAAAUUGAUGUCAAGAUCAUCGAUACACACCAGUGCUUAUGCACAGGAAUAGAGUUGUAAUAUAUCCAGCUUAGUAUAUUUAAAAGUCUCCCUUGGUAGAUAGUUGCACAUCGCAGAUUUUAUACUUAAACUUUCGCAAUUAUCUCAUCAUUAUCUGUUAAAGGGCUGGUCACAAUGGUGCUGAAGGACUUGUUUAUCUUUGAUCCAUAAGUUCUUUAUUAAUUUCUGAUUGUUGUUUA